ACACCAUGGAGGAGCUGCACAGCCUGGACCCCCGGAGACAGGAGCUGUUGGAGGCUCGAUUCAUGGGCGGGGUCAGUGGCAGCACUGGGGGCAGCACUGGCAGCACAAGCGGGGGAACCAAAGUGAGUGAGCGUGCCUCAAACCCCCGAUAAUCCUCAUACACUCACACAGUGUUUCCCCUAUAUUCAUUUAGCAGCGGUGCCCCGCCACUGCUAAAUCAUUGACGCCACUCCCAAAAAUAUGAUUACACUUUAUGUAUAUAUACAUGCAUGCAUGCAUACUGAACAAAAAUAUAAACGCAACAAUUUCAAAGAUUUUACUGAGUUACAGUUCAUAUAAGCAAAUCAGUCAAUUGAAAUAAAUAAAUUAGGCCCUAAUCGAUGGAUUUCACACGACUGGGAAUACAGAUAUGCAACUAUUGGUAACGGAUGCCUAAAAAAAAAAAAAAAAAAGGGGCGUGGAUCAGAAAACCAGUCAGUAUCUGGUGUGACCACCAUUUGCCUCAUGCAGCGUGACACAUCUCCUUCGCAUAAAGUUGAUCAGGCUGUUGAUUGUGGCCAGUGGAAUGUUUUCCCACUUCUCAAUGGCUGUGAGAAGUUGCUGUGUAUUGGUGGGAACUGGAACACGGCUUUUGUACACGUCGAUCUAGAGCAUCCCAAACAUACUCAAUGGUGACAUGUCUGGCGAGUAUGCAGGCCAUGGAAGAACUGGGACCAUUUUCAGCUUCCAGGAAUAGUGUACAGAUCCUUGCGACAUGGGGCCGUGCAUUAUCAUGCUGUAACAUGAGUUGAUGGCGGCAGAUGAAUGGCAUGACAAUGGGCCUCAGGAUCUCGUCACGGUAUCGCUGUGCAUUCAAAUUGCCAUCGAUAAAAUGCAAUUGUGUUCGUUGUCCGUAGCUUAUGCCUGCCCAUACCAUAACUCCACCGCCACCAUGGGGCACUCUGUUCACAACGUUGACAUCAGCUAACCGCUCACUCACACGACGCCAUACACACUGCCACCUGCCUGGUACAGUUGAAAUCGGCGUUCAUCCGUGAAGAGCACACUUCUCCAGCGUGCCAGUGGUCUUCGAAGGUGAGCAAUUGCCCACUGAUGUCGGUUACGACUCCGAACUGCAGUCAGGUCAAGACCCCGGUGAGGACGAUGAGCACGCAGAUGAGCUUCCCUGAAAUGGUUUCUGACAGUUUGUGCAGAAAUACUUAGUUUGUGCAAACCUACAGUUUAAUCAGCUGUCCGGGUGGCCGUUCUCAGACGAUCCCGCAGGUGAAGAAGCCGGAUGUGGAGGUCCUGGGCUGGCAUGGUUACACAUCAUAUGCGGUUGUGAGGCCAGUUGGGCGUACUGCCAAAUUCACUAAAAUUAUGUUUCAAAAUAAUAUUCUAAUGAACUUCUGUUUUGAUUUCAGGCCUUGACAAAUAAUGAAUGUUCAAAUCAAAGUUUUGGAAGCCUGGGGUCCUCCAGUGACAAAGAGUCAGAGGUAUGUUUAUUAACAUGAUGUUCUUACAGUUUUAGUGAAAAAUGAUAAUGUUAUCAUCAAUGUGCAGUUUGUUUGAACAGGCUGUCGGACAGUAUAACUGGUAUCCACGGCUUUUCUGGAUUUGUUUCUUUAGUCUUUGACAUUCCAUCUUGUUUGGAUUAGACCUAUGUUUUGAUUGGAUGUGGGCUGGUUGGUGUGAGCAGGGAGUUCACACGGAGAGAGAGGGAGAGGAGCUGGGCCCUCUUAUCCUCCUUGUCGCUGGUGAAAACGUCAGACGCAACCUAAGAUGGAGCUAGAGAGUAAAAAUGUGCGGAAUCUUGCUGUAAUUAAACUGCGUUCUUGUGACUCAUAAUGCCACGAGCUCUUACCUCUCUGUACAAACACGGUCUGUGCCUCUGCCAGGGCAGCUUGAUCACGGGCAUCUUCAUCCUGCAUGCUGAGUCUGAGCCUCCCUCCACGCUGCUCUCCUGUGUUUGGCAGCACAGCUUGCUAAUGAAGGGAAAACACAAAUGGCUUACAAUUUGGAGGGGCACAGCCUGUGUGUGGGGUGGUGGACUGUAGGGUUAACCUAAGUCUGAACCUCUGCAAUGUGGAGUGUGCAAGUAAAUAAGCAGCCUGACUGUGCGGGUGACUGUCUGCUCCCCUCCCCUCUGUGUAGUUCAUCGGCUGUUGUAAUAAGUCACUGAUGGAGGCCUGUGUGCGAGCAUGAUCGAGGAGGGGAGAGAGAGGAGGCAGAAUAAACCCUCUCUGGCCUUCUCUGCCGCAGAGAUGAUGAAUCUGCACAGAUGUCACCCAAACAGAUGCCCCCCAUUUGUCACACACUCCCUAAUGAUGCACUGGUGACACUGUCAGACCAGCACCUGUCAGCAGAUUCCCUGCACAAGGCUCUGUCCUGGUUCUGGGGCCUGUAAAUCUUGUUUUGUAAAAAUAUCAAGAGGAUUCCUGUGCUCUGUUGAAAUGGGCUCCUCUUUUUAGACUUAGAUUUGGUUAGUGUUUUUCGCAGUUUAAGCAUUUCUAUGCAUGCUUUUUUUUGUAGGGCAGAAAUAAUCCUCAUAUCCUCUAUCUUGAUGAAUGAAAAUGGUUAAUUUAGCUGAUUCCUUGCUUUGUUUGGCAAUACCUUGUUUUCUUAUGUUUAGCUCAAACUGAUUUGAAUCACAGACAUUAGAAAAGGCUAGUUAGUCUGUGCUACAGUUUAGUUAUCUCCUGUAGUCGCUUUUCCUCUUUAUUUCUCACAGCCUUUGGCCCAAAACUGCCAACAAGGGGCUGCGUCGGUCAUAGAUAAGCAUCCUCUCCCCACUUGAAAUUCUUGCACAACUACCUCAUUAAAGCUUUCCAUUACAAUGAAUCUCUUUCAAAACAGGCUAAUUAUAAACUAGAUUAGUUAUGUAUUUUAGUUUUACGUUGAACUCAUUCUCUGUACCCCUCCUGCCUUUCUUUUUUGUUUGCAGAGCUCAGACGUGAAAAGGGGGAGCUCUCCUGCAUACUCGGUAGGUGCUCAUUGUAUUUGGAUACUAGGCUAUGUUCCCCGUCAUUUGUCAGCUACUGGGCGGCAGGCAGCAUUGGUCGGUCAGUUCACCUACAUUCAGGAACUCCCUAGCAGGCUGUAGACUUGGGUUUUAUGUGUUGCUGCUGCUACAGUAUAUUCACUAUGCUUUUGUUUUUCAAACACAGACAUUUAAUCCUAAUCUGGACAUUUUCAAGGAAUCAAAAUAACUGUAUUUGUACAACCUACCAGAUGAUAGUGGUCAUUAGUGAAACUCAGUUUCUCUUUUACAGACUCCUGAAAAGAAACACUCUGAAUUGUCCAGAGGAAGAAAAAGGAAACCUGACAUCCAGUCAGAAAGCAGCCAAGGUAACUUUCCUCAAGCUGUUUCUUUUAUGCUCCAGAUACACAGUCAUCGCUGUAUAAAAGUCAAUGCUAAUUAUAUUUUCUCUCUCACAGGGAAGUCUAUUGUGCGAGGACCCAAAAUUAGUGAUUAUUUUGAUGUAAGUUACUAUUUUUUGGGGGGGGAGCAGCAUUCUAAAUGUGUUAAAUAGAAAUUCUACUCUUAACGUGAGUGAGCUGUGCUAAGUCCCUGUGUAGUGGAGCACCACGUUUGAUGUUCAGCUGAGAGGUUUUGUGUUUUUAGAGAAUAUCAUUGAAGCCGUGAUGUGAUCCAUUUCACACAGAGGCCAGCUCUGAAAUAAACAAAACAGGCACAGAAAGCCUCCUUUAUUCCGGUUUUGUUGCCAAGUGGCAGGCAAUGAUGUCACUCACACUGGUGGCCUCUCUUUCUCCAGUUCCAUGGAGGGAACGGGUCCAGUCCUGUGAGAGGUCUCCCCUCUGUGAUCCGCUCACCCCAGAACUCACAUUCCCACUCCGUGCAGGGUUCCAGUGUAAGUUACCCCAUAACCACUUCAAUUUGUUUAUCGCUUGUUGGUUUUUAAACAUAUGAAGAAAGCAAGUAGCCUUGUCCAAGACCGAAUGGCCCAUUUUAAACAUAGUCAAUGUUUCGAAGAAAUUGACGGUACCAUUUAGAUAUGCUAACAAUUGUUGUCCCUUGGGUUUCAGACUAGGCAAAACAGCUCAUCGCCUACGAGUCUGUCUUUUGGGGACCAUGUGAUGCAUCCAAAGCAGUUAGCAAUCAAAUGUGUGCAGGUGAGGAUGACCACCACUAUAGUAUGUGUGUUCAGCACUUUGGAUUGUGUGUUUAGAACAAAUUCUUAACACAUUCUUUAUUUGUUUUUAAUUGCAGACUGACCUGACGGGGCUAAAGUUGGCUGCCCUUGAAAGUAACAAGAACCUGGACCUUGAGAAAAAAGAAGGAAGAAUAGAUGAUUUGCUUAGAGUAAGGAAAAGAUGGCUAAUGGGCACAAACAACACAUCAGCGGAACAUUCUUAACUCCCUCAUUGAGUUUAAGCGUCAGUGAUGUAUUACUGUGACACCACUGAACACACAGAUCAAUUAAAACGUCUCAUCGUGCUGCACGUAGACUUAAAGUACGUACAAAAAUGUGUGUUAUUCAAUGCUAGACUGACAUGCUUGGAAAGUUAACUGCAACGGUCUUAUUUCUACGAUAAGAGUGAGGGCUUUGGUUUUACUAGGAUUGUAAUAUGAUAAACCUAAUUUGUUUCUUCUCCAUAGGCAAACUGUGAUCUCAGGAGACAGAUAGACGAACAACAGAAAUUACUUGAAAAGUACAAAGAACGCUUAAAUAAAUGCAUCACCAUGAGCAAGAAGUUGCUCAUAGAAAAGGUACUUCCCUUUUUAUUUCAAGGCGAAAUGUCUGAAGCUAGCGCGUCUAGUUUUUUUACAUUGACAAGUCUGUAUGAGUGCAGUGGUAUGAGUACUCAGUCAGUGAUGUCUGUCAUUGUGUUUGUGUUGCCUAGAGCACCCAGGAGAAGCAGGCGUGCCGGGAAAAGAGUAUGCAGGACAGACUACGAUUAGGCCAUUUCACCACUGUGCGACAUGGCGCCUCCUUCACAGAGCAGUGGACCGAUGGCUUUGCCUUCCAAAACCUAGUCAAGUUGAGUAUCUUAGUCUCCGGGUCAAAGUUUUCUCAAGUCAACUUAACUUUCUCAACUGUGAUAUGGUUAUCAAGCUACACGUCGUUCUCUUUCAACAAAGUUCAAUCUGUUCAGGUAUCGAAAAUAUAUUUGUAGAAUUUGUACUGGAAUUUCUACUGAAGUGUAUCAUUUUCCUCUUAUUCUAAAGCCUUAUCCAGGGUAAAACACUAGCUUGGCAGAAAUUGUAUUGAUUAGAACAUCUUUAUCUGCAGACAGCAAGAGUGGAUAAAUCAACAGAGGGAAGAAAUCGAGAAGCAGAGAAAACUCCUAGCCAAGAGGAAACCCCCAUCAUCCAGCAACUCCCAAGCACCAACCACAAACUCUGAGCCAAAGCAACGCAAAACCAAGGCAGUGAAUGGAGCGGAGAAUGAUCCCUUUCUCAAGCCCAGCCUACCUCAGCUGUGAGUGCCCUUGUCCUCCCGACGUUUGGCUUAGCUAAGCACACCAAGACGCUAGAUAUCUAUGAACAAAGAUGCCUGAUCCUGUUGCUUUCAUUUUCUCAUGGUCUUUUGUUGGUUCAUUCCAAAGGUUGACUCUAGCUGAGUACCACGAGCAGGAAGAGAUCUACAAACUACGACUCGGGCAUCUCAAAAAGGUCAGUGUGCCAACCUGGCAGGUCUAGGCAUCACGAGCUGACCUUUUUUUGUUUACUGUGUCACAUUGAUCAUCAAGUCAAUUAAAUAGGGAUUAGACAUCCUGACUCUGUUCCCUGAUAUAGAACCACAAACAGUUCCACUCUGCUUAGAGAUUCUGUGGACAUUUUCCCAAUCCCCAACCUAUAGUUAAUUCUAUUGUUUCCCUGGUGAAUAAGCAUCAAGAGGGAUUGCCCUAGACAGACUUGCUACCAAUUCAACCGCUAGUCAGCCGAGGUAUAGAAGUGGGUUUUGAUGAGCUCCCCUCUCCUUGUAGUCAGUCCUCUGAUGUUCCUCUGUAUGUUUGUGUGUGUGAAUCAUUUAUAGGAAGAAGCUGAAAUCCAGGUGGAGCUGGAGCGUCUGGAGAGAGUGCGGAACCUUCACAUUCGGGAACUUAAGAGAAUAAAUAACGAGGACAGUUCACAGUGAGUCUGAUCACUGGCAUCUCUGUGACGUCAGGGCAUACGCACAGGGGCUCCUGCUGACAACCAUAGAGAUUGUUCAGUUAGACACUGGAGAGGCAGUAAUGGCCAUGUCAUGGUGCUUGCCACAGUAUGUCACAAGUCAUUCUGAAUGUCUGUGUUUUCCAUUCUGCCAGUCGAUGUAAAAUGAGAUCCCUCUUUAAGAACUUAAUCUUUCUAUGGAUUGGUCGUUUUUGAGUUGGUGAAAGUCCUACCAACGAGUUAAUUCGUAAAGAGAGUCUGACCUUGUUUUGUUUCUUUGAAAGAUUCAAAGACCAUCCGACUUUGAACGAGCGGUAUCUACUGUUACAUCUUCUGGGAAGAGGAGGCUUUAGUGAAGUUUACAAGGUGAGUUUAUAUUCAACCUGUGUAUUCAUCAGUUGCAUCUACAAGUCUUUGUUUGAAUGGACCAGUCAGAACUUUUCUGUUAUAGGCGUUUGACCUGAUUGAGCAACGCUAUGCUGCUGUGAAAAUUCACCAGCUCAACAAGAACUGGAGAGAGGAGAAAAAGGAGAACUAUCACAAGUAUGUUCGACAUUAAAUCGUUGCCAUUUUCUGCAUGUUGUAUUCAUCAACACUGUGGCGGUAUCGAUUCAGUUUUAUGAAUCACCGUGACGAUGGAGUUUUUAUUUAUUUACUUGUAAUGCACAGGCUUUAAGCCUAUCAUUAUUCUACUCCAUCAGCUUAAUGUCUGGGUUAUCCAGUCAAUCAGUCAUACCUCCACUUCGCUGCGCUCCUACUGCCUGGAGUCAUUCAGUUGGUUGCCCAUGGUAACUGGUCACCUUGUUGCAGACACGCCUGUCGGGAGUACAGAAUACACAAGCAGCUGGACCACCCCAGAAUCGUCAAGCUGUAUGACUACUUCUCACUGGACACAGACACGUAAGUUAACCUUGCUUAUUGUACUGACAAUACAGCGCAUUCGGAAAGUAUUCAGACCCCUUGACCUUUUCCACAUUUUGUUACGUUACAGCCUUAUUCUAAAAUGAAUGUAAUAGUUUUUCCCCCCCUCUCAUCAAUCUACACACAAUACCCCAUAAUGACAAAGCAAAAACAGGAUUUUCUAACCUUUUGCAAAUGUAUUAAAAAUAAAACACUGAGUGUAUUCAAACCCUUUACUCAGUACUUUGUUGAAGCGCCUUUGGCAGCAAUUACAGCCUCAAGUCUUCUUGGGUAUGACGCUACAAGCUUGACACACCUGUAUUUGGGGAGUUUCUCCCAUUCAGAUCCUCUCAAGCUCUGUCAGGUUUCUCAUGGUCUGAGAGUCUUUAGGUGACUUUUGGCAAAAUCCAAGCGGGCUGUCGUGCCUUUUACUGAGUGGCUUCCGUCUGGCCACUCUACCAUAAAGGCCUGAUUGGUGGAGUGCUGCAGAGAUGGUUGUCCUUCUGGAAGGUUCUCUCAUCUCCACAGAGGAACUCUGGAGCUCUGUCAGAGUGACCAUGGGGUUCUUGGUCACCUCCCUGACCAAGGCCCUUCUCCCCGAUUGCUCAGUUUGGCCGGGCAGCCAGCUCUAGGAAAUGUCUUGCUGGUUCCAAACUUCUUCCAUUUAAGAAUGACGGAGGCCACUGUGUUCUUGGGAGCCUUCAAUGCUGCAGAACUGUUUUGGUACCCUUCCCCAGAUCUGUGCCUUGACACAAUCCUGUCUCUGAACUCUACGGACAAUUCCUUCGACCUCAUGGCUUGGUUUUUGCUCUGACAUGCACUGUCAACUGUGGGACCUUUUUAUAUAGACAGGUGUGUGCCUUUCCAAGUCAUGUCCAAUCAAUGAAUGUACCACAGGUGGACUCCAAUCAAGUUGUAGAAACAUAUCUCAAGGAUGAUCAAUGGAAACAGGAUGCACCUGAGCUCAAUUUCGAGUCUCAUAGGAAAGGGUCUGAAUACUUAUGUAAAUAAGGUAUUUUAUUAUUCUUUAUACAUUUGUAAAAACCUGUUCGCUUUGUCAUUAUGGGGUAUUGUGUGUAGAUAGAUGAGAAAAAAAGAUGUAAUCCAUUUUAGAAUAAGGCUGUAACGUAACAAAGUGUGGAAAAAGUGAAGGGGUCUGAAUACUUUCUGAAUGCACUUUAUAUUCUCACGACAUCCUAUCGUCACUGCCUUUUACACAUUUCUCCUUUUAUGAUGCCCCCACAGGUUUUGCACAGUUUUGGAGUACUGUGAAGGCAAUGACCUGGACUUCUACUUGAAGCAGCACAAGCUGAUGUCUGAGAAGGAGGCCCGCUCCAUCGUCAUGCAGAUUGUGAAUGCUCUCCGAUACCUGAAUGAAAUCAAGCCCCCCAUCAUCCACUAUGACCUCAAGCCAGGUGAACGCACGCUCACACACACACACACACCGGAAUUAUAUCCCAUUCUGGUAACCCUGUAAAGAGCUCCCAAUUAUUUCUGAUGCUAUGUGCUCAUUUGUUCUGUUCCAAUUUCAAGGUAACAUCCUGCUUGUGGAUGGCACAGCUUGUGGGGAAAUCAAAAUCACAGACUUCGGUUUGUCCAAAAUCAUGGAUGACGACAGCUACGGUGCAGAUGGCAUGGACCUGACAUCACAAGGAGCAGGGACCUACUGGUAAAAGAAAUGCCACCAUAUACACAUCUGUAUCAUGGGACCAGCAUGUGGUUUGGGUGAUAUGAUGCUUGACAUAUGGGCAGAUAUCAUUUUGUUUUUGUUUUCUCAAAGGUACUUGCCACCGGAGUGUUUUGUUGUUGGCAAAGAACCUCCAAAGAUCUCCAACAAGGUGGACGUGUGGUCUGUGGGCGUCAUCUUUUUCCAGUGUUUGUAUGGAAGAAAAGUAUGUUUUAAAGAGAACUGGUUUUAUUGACUUACGAAAAUGAGUGUCGUGAAAAUAUGUUAACUCGUCGCCUUAUUUCUGUUUCAGCCGUUCGGCCACAAUCAGUCUCAGCAGGAUAUCCUGCAGGAGAACACAAUACUUAAUGCAACCGAAGUUCAGUUUCCUGUCAAGCCUGUUGCCAGUAAUGAAGCAAAGGUGAGAGAGAAUUUGUGUUCUGAAUAUUACCAUCUGACUGCAAUUGUCACUUCUACUUAAUCUUCUUUUAUAAUAGUUUGGCAUUUUUUUAUGAUUGAUCAAUUCCUGUAUUUAGCGUUGCUUUUGUCGAGACCUCUAGUGUUCAUAGUAAGGCACAGACAGACAUUACAGCCCCUUUUGAGACGCUUUUCUGUCCAGCCAUAAAAGUUAUGAUCACCAGCAUACUCAACAUAUUGCUCCAAUGUUUCAUUUUAAUUGGUUCUCAGUGCUGUGUUUUGAACAAUGUCUCCUUUAUUCCCUAAGUCCUUUAUAAGGCGCUGCCUGGCAUACAGGAAGGAGGACAGGUUUGAUGUUCACCAGCUGGGAAGGGAUUCUUACCUGCUCCCUCAUAUGAGGAGGUCCAACUCUACAGGGAACCUGCAGCUGGGUGCUGGUGGCUCAGGACCUGCCUCCUCCAGCAUAAUUUCAUACUGAGGGCUGGCCCUGGACUGACUGAAUUACUGACUGGCUGGCCCACGCCUGCAGAGCCCCCUCACCCACAGGACCGUGUGAGAGGAGUUGCCUGCCAACUAGCGGUGUAUGGAAGGACGAGGGGGUCCGUUGGCCAUAGACACUGCAGACUGAAUGGUGUGGAGUUUGGCCUUCGCCUGGACUGUGCUGGGUUUCAAAUGGGUGUUUUCUAAAGACUAAUGAAAGGAUGUUUAAAGAACAUAAGUGAAUGACAUUGUAAAGGUUGAAUAGCGCACUGCUACAGACAAAGUACCUUAAAGAAAUGUGACUGGACACUUGUGAGUUUGGUUUGCUGGUGGAAGCCUAAGGGAUACCUGGCAGCCCGCCAUUUAGAAUAAUUAACAUGCUCCUGCAAGGGUGCAAAUGCUUAAGCUGCAAGGAGUUUCCUUAAGGAGCGGACAUUCAUAGUUUUUGUAGCUCAACAAUGAUUUCACCAUCAAUUUGGCUGUAUGUUUGGUUUUUUGUUUUCAGAGAAAGUGUUAGGCUUUAAUUUGAGUUGUACAAUUAGCCAUGAGAAUGUAAUUUUAGCAUACAAGUUGCAUCUAUUGUCAUUUAGGCCCAGGCAGCAUACUAAUGUUGAAUGCACAAAAUAACCAAAUGUAGACAAAUGGCAAUGUACAGAAUAAUAUGCAGGACGAUUUAAAAUAAUUCCUUCAAGAGUAAAUGUAUAUUUUCUGUACAGAAGAUGAUUUUGAAUUGCAGCUGUACCAUUCUGUACCAAGGUUGAA